AUGGAGACUAUAAUGGAGUUAUUGUCAAGAAAAGCUAAGAUGGAAGGAAACGAUGAUCAGGAUGAGCAAGAAGGAGAAGAUACAUCUUGCAAUGACAGAAAACAUCGAAUACAACUUCACCGGACAGCUAUGGGAGAGUACAUCAUUCCCAAGGACGGAAAGCCACUCACUCAGCUAGCCAUCCCUCUGCCCGGACCAGCUGACUACGAACCUAAAAUCGACAUCACCAGGAAAACUAGACCCCACUUUUCAAUUGUUGGGAGAACCAAACGAAUGAAAGAUCCAACAAUCCCCGGUGCUGCUGACUACAAUACGUCGGGAGAUUUAAUUUGGAAAGACAAGAAGAAGACUUUCAAAGACAAAGGGAAGACGUGCCCGCACGGAACAACGCCAACACACCACCUGACGUGCAGCAUUGGCCCAGCGGGCUACAGGGUGACCCACACAGACACCGGUAAACAUGCACCGAAGAUCAGCAUCGCGUCACGGCACAUAGAGGGCGUAAAUGUUGGACAUCCGAACUGUCUCGUACAGCCGGUCGACACACAUGGUGUACAGACACCAGGCCCAAACAGCUACAAUCCCGAGACGGAUCUCCUCAACAAAGGAAUUCACAAAUCCUUUGGUAUAGGCAGGAAAAUCGGUAAUAAGACUCUGGGUACCGGACCGGCUGGUUAUACAAUACAGGAAGGACAGCAGGGACCAGCCUACUCUCUAUCGAAGAGGCUUCCCGCCAAAUGGCAACAAGUGACGGACUACCCAGCACCAAACGUUUAUGAUGUUGGAACUACAAUAGGCAAAGGCGUUGCCAUGGCGAUCAGAAGCCGCCAACCUCUAGAACAGAAAUACUGGGUUCCAAGUCCAAAUACGUACACCCUGAGAGAUCCGCUGAAGAAUUCAAAAGCAGCAUUUGCCAGCAUCACCUACCGGCCAUUCUCACCAACACUGAAGACCUGGCCAAGUCCUGCGCACUACAAACCCUCCGAUGGUAAUUUACCGAAAGCCUCCAAGUUUUCAUGCAAGAAAUUCUGCAAACCAUGUUUUCCUGAUAUACUACAGUACCCCGUGCAAGCGCUUGAUCCUACACCGGGACCAGGAACCUACCACAGCGAGAAGAAGUUCACUGAUAACGAUAACCCAGCCUACUCCAUGGGGUCAAGACCAAAGCCAAAGACGAAUGACGUACCCGGGGCAAACCAUUACAAAAUUCGCGUCAACCACCGACCAGAUGGAAAGAAGGCGCCUGACUUCUCCAUGGCGAAACGCUGCUACCCGCCCAACAAGAACGAGAAUCCAGGUCCCACAGUAUACAACCCAACUCUUGACACUAACGACGGGCCUAAAUAUAGCAUGACCAAGCGAUGGAGUAAAACCACAAAGAAAGCCUCCCCCGCUCCUAACUCUUACGACGUCACGAAUGGCCAGACGAGGAAAGGACGCUCAACUGGACCAUUAGCAACGGUCAAAGGUCGAGCUUCGUCAUACCUAUACGCGGGAUAUGCCUUGCAGUCGUCCGUUAGGCUGUAUGAUUCUUAAAGGGCCUGUAUACGACUCCAAAAAUUCAUGGCAGCUGUGACGUACUUGGCUAUUACUAAGAAGUACAGCAACUUUUUUGAUAUUAUAGUGCAUUCUGAGAAAACUGUCACUUUAAAUUA